GGCAGACAAGUUUUCCAUGGAGAGUGGAGAGGAAAACCUUUAACAGUAGUGAAAACUCCUGACUUCUUAAGUCUGUCUCUGAAAACAGUGAGAGAAGAGAUGAAGAGGAGUGUGAGUCUCUGUCCUCCUGGACCAAAUGUUCUGCUGCUGAUGGUGAAACCUUCUGAUUUCACUGAUGAGAGCAGAAAAACUCUCAGUUUGACCCUGAGUGUGUUUAAUGGAGAUGCCUUUAAACAUUCAAUGGUCAUCAUCACAGAUGAGGAGACGAUCAAUUUUUCUGUUAAUUCUUUCCUUAGAGAUUGUGAAGGUAGACACUACAACAUGUUUGAAAAUGAUCAUAGACAGUUAAUGGAGAAGAUUGAGAACAUCGUGCAUGAGAACGAAGGAAAAUUCCUCACAGUCACUGAAGAGACCAUCAGACCACAGCCUGAACACAUUAAACCAUCUUUAAACCUGGUUCUGUGUGGGAGCAGAGGAGCAGGGAAGACUUCAGCAGCCAAGGCCAUUUUAGGUCAGACUGAGCUUCAUUCAGUCUCCAACUCAUCAGAGUGUGUUAAACAUCAGGGAGAGGUGUGUGGACGUUGGGUUUCCCUGGUGGAGCUGCCUGCCUUGUAUGGAAAACCUCAGGAGGCAGUGAUGGAGGAAUCACUCAAGUGUAUCUCCCUCUGUGAUCCUGAGGGUGUCCAUGCCUUCAUCCUGGUCCUACCUGUGGCUCCUCUCACUGAUGAAGUCAAGAGAGAGUUAAAGACCAUCCAGGACACAUUCAGCUCUCGAGUCAAUGACUUCACCAUGAUUCUGUUCACUGUGGACUCAGAUCCUACAGAUCCAGCUGUUCUUAACUUUGGAAAGGAAGACAAGGACAUCCAGAAGCUCUGUCAGACUUACAGAGGACGAUAUGUUGUUCUCAACAUUAAGAACAAACAGCAGAUCCCAGAACUGUUGAAUCAUGUAGAAAAGAUGAGACCAGACAAAAAACAAUUCUGUUAUACAACAUCAACAUUUGUAUUCGGAAAAAUGGAUCAAAUUUCACAACAGCAGAAAAAAAUAAUUUCUCUACAGGAGGAGCUUAAUGAGAUGAGGUCAAAGGUCACAGACACUGGUGAUGAUGAGAACAUGAACACAGAGCCUCUCAGGAUUGUCCUGAUAGGAAAGACUGGCUGUGGAAAGAGUUCUUCAGGGAACACAAUUCUAGGAACAGACAAGUUUAAAGCUGAAUCAGCUCAAAAGUCAGUAACUACAUACUGCCAGAAAGCACAGGGUGAGGUGGACGGUCGUCCUGUUGCUGUGGUCGACACUCCUGGUCUCUUUGACACAACUCUGUCAAAUGAAGACGUUUAUGAGGAGUUGGUGAAAUGUGUCAGUUUCCUGGCUCCAGGACCACAUGUCUUCUUGUUGGUGAUACAGAUCGGCAGGUUCACAGCAGAGGAGAAGGAGACAUUAAAACUCAUCAAGAAAUUCUUUGGCAAGAAUUCAGAAAAGUUCACCAUCAUUCUUUUAACCAGAGGAGACGAUCUGAAAGCUGACAAGCAGACCAUUGAUGAGUACAUUGAUAAAAAAUGUGAUAAUUCCUUCAAGAAGCUGAUCUCUGACUGUGGAGGAAGAUACCAUGUGUUCAACAACCAUGACAAACAAAACCGCACACAAGUCAGUGAGCUGAUAACAAAGAUUGACACCAUGGUGAAGAACAAUGGUGGCAACUACUACACCAAUGAGAUGCUGCAAGAGGCUGAAACUGCAAUACAGAAAGAAAUGCAGAGGAUCCUGAAGGAGAAAGAAGAAGAGAUGCAGAGAGAAAGAGAAGAACUUGAAAGGAAACAUCAGGAAGAAAAGAAGAGCCUGCAAAGAAGAAUGGAAAAAGAGAGAGAUGAAAUUGAAAAAGAGAGAAAACAGAAAGAGAAGCAGCUUCAAGAAAUGGAGAAAAACAUCAAAAGAUCUGAGAGAGAACAGAAGAAGAGAGAACAAGAACUUAGAGACGAGGAAGAAAAGAAAAGAAAAAUGCAGGAAGAACGUCAACAACUGGAGUGGGAGAAAGAACGAGAAGCUCUGGAGAAAAAAAUCAAGUCCGAAUCAGAGGAAAAGGAAAUCAUUGACAGAAAACUGGAGGAGGUUAAAAGAGAGAUGAAAGAAAAACGAGAGAUUUGGGAGAAGGAAAGAAAAGAGUGGUGGGAAAAACAGCAUCAAGAAGAUGAACUGAGACAUCAGAAGGAGAGAGAGAAACUGAAGAAGCUUCGAGAAGAGUACGAACAGGAAAGAGAAAACAAUGAAAACAAAAGAAAAGAAGAAGAUCGACUCAAAAGAGAACAAGAAGAGAAGGAGCGAAAAGAAUUAGAGGAAAACUACAAGAAAAAAAUGGGAAACAUGAAAACGAUUUAUGAAGAGGAGGCCAGAAAACAAGCUGAAAAGGACAAUAAGUUCAGAGAAAAUUAUUACAAAGAACUCACAACCCUGAAAGAAAAACUACAAAAAGAAAUGAAUGAUUAUUUUGACCUUGGUGUGGUAAAAGUCAGGAAGUGUACCAUCAGCUGAUGUUCUUCUUUGUUGUAACAAUAAUAUUAUUCACUGAUAUUACAAACUGAUCGUUCUGUAACCCCAGCAGUAUCUACAGGCCUCGUUCAUACACAGUGCAUCAUGUAGCUGUGUUGACAUUCUUGGCUUUUUUUAUUUUACAUGUUCUCCAGUUUGAUUGUAUGUUAGAAGGUUUUUAGCUUCAUAAAGUAACAGCAAAUAAUAUGAUUCCACAAUUAUCAGCAGCUGAACUGACGUAAUAAAAAUAAAUCUGCAUGUUUUUUUUCUGUAUUUUGACCUUUUUUAUUCACUCUCUCAUUUUAAAGGUACCGUAUUUUCACGACCAUAAGGCGCACUUAAAAGUCUUAGAUUGUCUUCAAAAAGUACGGCGCGCCCUAUAGCACAGUGCGCCCUGUGUGUUGUAAUGAGGACGUAGUAGAGAACACCAUGAGAACGCUAAAGGGUGAAGUGUGGGCGUUG